AUGUCCAUUUUCGUCCUCUGUUUCCUCCUCAUUUUCUCAACUUCUUUAUUUGUCUCCGGUCAAAACCAAAGUGCUUACGAGGUUCUCCAAAAAAACAAUUUACCGGGAGGAAUCUUACCACAUGGUGUAGUCAAGUACGACCUAAACAAAAAAACUGGAUUUUUCAAAGUCUACUUCAACUCCACGUGUUCGUUCCCUAUCGACUCAUACAAGGUCAAGUACCAAUCCACAAUCUCCGGCUACUUAAGAACCGGACGUGUCAGGCAACUUCAAGGGGUAAGCGUCAAAGUACUCUUCUUUUGGGUCCAUAUCUCCGAAGUGUAUCGUGACGGUGACGAUAUCGACUUAUCCGUUGGUGUUGCUUCGGAGGAAUUCUCGGUGCGUAAUUUCGAGAACAGCCCACGCUGUGGAUGCGGGUUUGAUUGUUAUAGGGCUGUCUCUUCCUUUUAA